CCGGCCAUGGGAGGCGGGACAGUGCUGCCAUGCUAAGUUGAGCCUUUCACUUUGCUUCCCUCCCCCCUUUCUCCCCUUCGCUGCCUCCCCCCUCCCCCCCCUUACCUUCUCACUAGUUCUCUCAUCUAAUCCUCCCCUCUCCCCCUCCCUUUUCCCCCCCUCCCCCCCUUCCCUUCGGUGUGUGCAGCCGCUGUGGCCGGCUGAGUCCGAGCCCUAGUGCUGCCUCCGCCCGUGGGCUUCGACCCAGGGGCCUCGAGGCUCCUCGCUCCUGCUCUCCAGGCUCUGGGCAGCCUCGUUCCUCCCUCCCACCUUUCAGGCCCCGGGAUGGCGGCGGCGAUGCUCUCCGGCGCAGGUUCGGCCCCCUCGCCCGGGUCCGGUGGUGGCGGUGGCGGCAGUGAUGGUGUCGGCGGUGGCGGCUGCCGAGGUUCCCUGACGGGAGGCUGGGCCGUGGCCCGGCUGGAGGGCCGCGAGUUCGAGUACCUGAUGAAGAAGCGGUCGGUGACUAUCGGGCGGAAUUCGUCGCAGGGCUCGGUAGAUGUGAGCAUGGGCCACUCGAGCUUCAUUUCCCGGCGCCACCUUGAGAUCUUCACCCCCCCAGGCAGUAGCCCGACCCCCAUGGCCUCUGGUGGCGAGGAGCAACAAUCUCAGCCUCAGCUCCUAGCGCAGCAGCAGCAGCCGCCACCGCCACCGCCACCGCCACCCCCGCCUCCCUCACCUUCCCAGCAUGGCCCCGCUGAAGACCCCAGCGCUGGCGGUGACUUCUACCUGCGCUGCCUCGGCAAGAACGGCGUCUUCGUGGACGGCGUGUUCCAGAGGCGGGGGGCGCCCCCACUGCAGCUGCCCCGAGUAUGUACCUUCAGAUUUCCCAGCACAAACAUCAAGAUAACAUUCACAGCACUGUCCAAUGAGAAGAGAGAAAAACAGGAGGCCCCAGAGUCCCCAGUUAAGCCUGUGCAGCCUCAGAUCACUCCCUUAACAAUAAACAUUCCUGACAACAUGGCUCACCUGAUCAGCCCUCUGCCUUCUCCCACAGGAACUAUCAGUGCUGCAAAUUCCUGCCCAUCUAGUCCCCGGGGGGCAGGCUCUUCAGGGUACAAAAUGGGUCGUGUACUACCCACUGACCUACAUUUAAUGACUGAUAAUUCACAGUCAGAAAAUGACAAAGAAGCUUCAGGUGGAGAUAGCCCAAAGGAUGAUUCGAAGCCUCCUUAUUCCUAUGCACAAUUAAUAGUACAAGCAAUUACAAUGGCUCCUGAUAAGCAGCUUACAUUAAAUGGAAUUUAUACCCACAUAACUAAAAAUUAUCCAUACUACAGGACAGCAGAUAAAGGCUGGCAGAAUUCAAUUCGCCACAAUCUCUCUCUGAAUCGUUAUUUCAUCAAAGUACCACGUUCCCAGGAAGAACCAGGCAAAGGCUCAUUCUGGAGGAUAGACCCUGCCUCUGAAAGCAAAUUAAUAGAGCAGGCUUUUAGGAAAAGAAGGCCUAGGGGAGUACCUUGCUUUAGAACCCCUCUGGGACCGCUCUCUUCUAGAAGUGCUCCAGCUUCUCCUAAUCAUUCUGGAGUGUUGUCUGCUCACUCCAGUGGAGUACAAACCCCUGAGAGUUUGUCAAGGGAAGGUUCUCCAGUCCCAAUGGAUCCAGAGCCUAAUGCUAUACAACCUAAACUAGCAGUAAUACAGGAAGCUCGGUUUGCCCAGAGUGCACCAGGUUCACCUUUGUCUAGCCAGCCAGUUUUAAUAACUGUACAACGGCAGCUACCACAAACUAUUAAGCCAGUUACCUACACUGUUGCAACACCUGUGACCACCUCAACAUCCCAGCAACCUGUAGUACAGACGGUUCAUGUUGUUCACCAGAUACCAGCUGUAUCAGUCACAAACGUGACUGGAUUAGCUCCAGCAAACACUUAUACUGUAGCUGGACAAGCAGUGGUCACACAAGCUGCAGUGGUUACCCAGUCCAAGGUACAACCACAAGAAAAUGGAGACCACAGAGAAGUAAAAGUUAAAGUAGAACCUAUUCCUGCUAUUAGCCACACUACAAUUGGAGCUGCUAGUCGGAUCAUUCAAACAUCACAGACCUCCCCCUUACAGACAGUUACCAUAGUGCAACAGGCACCUCUGGGUCAACACCAGCUACCAAUAAAAACUGUAACACAAAAUGGGACACAUGUAGUACCAGUCACCACUGCAAUCCAGGGACAGGUCAGCACUGCUGCUGCAAGUCCUUUACACAUGUUGGCAACCCAUGCAUCAGCAUCAGCCUCACUGCCAACCAAACGUCAGAUUGGUGACCAGUCAGAGCAGCCAGAACUGAAACGUAUCAAAACAGAAGAUGGCGAAAGCAUAGUCAUUGCUGUGAAUGUGGACACACCAUCUUCAGGAGUGAGGGAAAAAAGCAUCCAAAACUAAAAACUUUGAUUUCUUUUCAUAUUUAAAAAAGUUUUUUAAAUCAACUCUGUGGUGCCAAAAGGAGACAUUUAACUAAUACCUAAAAUGUUGGAACACAUUCUCACCCAGUGGGUAUAUGGGCCCUGUGAUCAGACUUCAACAAUGUUCAGCACUGAAAAACAAAAAUGAAAACACAGGUGGCCUUAAAACUCAGUGAUUUAAAAACAAAAAUCAAACUAAAAGACACAGAUAUCUUGUUCUAAAGGCUAUGACAGCCCCUCCCUACUGAACAAUCUCUGGUGCUGCAGAGUUGGGGAGAGCUGCAGCUUUUAAAUUUAAAUAAUAAAAAAUGAAAACACUUGAUUAUUUUAAGGACUGAGUAUCUCAGUGUAAUGACAGCAUGAUAAGCGCUUAGUGUAAACUGUUUUAAAUGAUUGUAUAUUCCUUAAAGGGAACAGAGGCAAGGAGCCAUUUCCUCCAUCUUGGCAGCUAGCCUUUCAUAAUUACCUAGCCAGUGCAGUUUGUUGAUAGAUAUGCAGUAUUUUGUUGUUCACAUGUGGAAUUUUUGAAGUGUACUUUCAUUUCUUUGAAAAAUAAUGGGGUCUUUUGACAUUUCAAAUCACUCCGUUUUAAACUAUGGAAACUUUAGAAUCACAAUACUUUUCAUGUGAAAUUUAGUUUGGUUAUAAAAUACAUGCCACACAAAAAAAGGGUUUUUUUUUAAUUGAUGGAAUGAUUUCCUUAAAUCUGUCCUGUUACUGUUCAGAUGAAGCUACUUUAUUACAUCUGCAAAUUUUUUAUAUUUUAGCAGUUGCCUGAUAAAUUUAAUCCAAUUUUAUCAAAAUGUGUAGUGAUCAAAUGCUUCUAUGGGCUUGCAUGUAACAGAUUAGAAAUUCCAGUGUAAGUGAGCUACUAACUGUGUAAAGAACUGUUAUGAUUUUGACCAGAGCUGCACUUAACUAUUUCUCUUUUUUUGCAACCCUUGGCUGUUUGUUAUUUUGUGUUGACAUUGAUUGUCCCUGGUAUAUUUUUCCAGUCUAAGUAAAAUAAGUCUCACUUAGUAUUUGUGUAUGUUUAAAAUGACAGAACUAUUCUGUUUCAUUUAAAAAAAAAGAUACAAUCUUUUAUCACAAGUCCUUUUAAAGAAAAGAUCUUGUCAGAAGUAUAUUCAAUAUUUUUAAGCUUAAAUAUUCAUCAUUAGGAGGAAUUAAUCCAACCAGUAUGUCAUUAAAACUGUUAAUAUUUUAAUUGUCCUUAAUUACCAAAUGUCCUAUCUAUGUCCUCCUAUUGGUAUCUCCAUUAAAAGUAGCUGCUGUUUUUUUGCAGAGGCUACCUUAUAAUAAAGGGAUUCCUUUUAUAUAAAUAUAUACAAAUAUAUAUUUUUAAAUGUGUUCUAUAGUUGAGCAUUUAAAAUAUCUUGCUAAUUCUCUAAUUUGCAGCAGGAGAUUCCAAUAUAUCUUUCCAUUUUUAAUUCAAAACUAAGGCUGAUUUUUCUUCCCUAAAAGAAUUGAUUUGGGGAAAGAAAGAGAAGAUGGAAGAAUGAGAAAGAAGGUUGAAUUAUCAUACCUCAGCCCACAUGCCUUCCAAAAGGGAAAACGUUCAUGGAUCUCUUGGCAUUUGGUGCCUUAGAGUUGGUUAUUGUGGGAGCAGAAGAUGAGACUUUGGCCUUAAUUUUGAAUUUGUUGUUUCUGUAAUCAUCAUAACAUUAUCUAUUUAAAUGUAGUUACUUCAAUAUUUAAUUACCUUUUUUUAAAAAGAGGGGGGAAACCCUGUAUUUUCCUGAUGGACUAAAAUGGCUCAAAAAAUUUAGGCAGUUUUGGAAACUCAUUAUUUACCUGAAGACCAAAUAUGAUAAAUCUGUACUAAGUAUCAUGUCAAUCCACAGUAUGGGGCUGUCACAAUGUUACUGCAAACAUACAUAUUAAAAAUUAUGAAAAAUUACUGCAUACUAGCUGAAUUUAUAACAUCAAUUUAAAAACAAUAAUAAUAAAAAUGAAAUUCAGCAUA